CUGUGUCCGGUUAACUUGACGCAGGCAGCAGCAGCGGGGGAGUCCAAUGGAAGCCUUCGUCGCAACCCGAAGGAAACAAUCGAGUGCGAUUUAGCUUAGAAAUAUAAGCCGAUAUCUUUAUAUAGAGUUAUAGACUGUAUAUUUUCUCCAAAGUCUGGGUCUGCCGUUCUCGCCACUGUGUUUCAAACCCGGUAACUUGCCGUUAAGGGCGUUUGUUCGGCCUUGUUUAUACUGUGCAGGGCUGCUUGAAUCAGGGAAGCAGGCCCGGCGGUCCUGUACGAAUUUGACGACCGUUUUGGUUCGGGAGUGGGUUUUGUGCGGAUCGGCCCUUUAGCUCACCAAAGAAUAUGACCCAUAUGCAACAAUGACAUCCAGAUUUGGUAAAACCUACAGCCGCAAGGUAGGAGAGGGCACGUCUAAGUUCGACGAGGUUCUGUCCACCAAGAGAGGCACCCUCAGUACCAAAUGGGGUGACACCACCUACAAGGCCAAGGUGGGCUCCAAGCGCGCCGGCGCCCCCAAGAAUGAUUCUGUCCUGGAGGUUUACAAGAGACCCCGUCCGAGCGCAGACGGCAUGGAGGAUCCGUUUGGAUUUGACAGCGACGAGGAAUCCAAGCCGGUGUCUUCGCGCAGCGCCAGCAAGUCGUCCCCCGCCAAGCCGGCCUCCGCGGAGCCCCCGCAGUCGGAGAGGCCCGGGAUUUCUCUGGACGCGGGGAGCAGGUCCAGCCUCCAGGGGGGAUCCCACACUUUGACGUCCGGAAUAGGGGCGUCGUGGCUGCCCAACGACAGGAGCCAGCCCAGGGUGAUGGAGGACACCGCUCAGUUCUUCAACAGCAGCACUGCCAGCAUAGGAAAGUCCCAGCAGAGUUCCUCGUUGGCAGAGAACCAGCACAGCUACUCGUGGUACCAAAAUGCUUCCGAGAGCGAUAAGAAGCCCCUGGCGCAGACCACCACCCUGAAGACCGGGUCCAAUUUGGAGUCCACCUUCGACUCCUGGGAAGCCAUCAUGGGUCUCCGUCCGCCCUCACCCAGCCAGGAGCCUCGCAACCCCGCGCCCACGCUCUCCUGGGCUUCAGUGGGCAUCGCCGUGGGCAGCUCUGACCUCGGGCAGACCCGGCACGAGAAGCGCCCAUCUCCCCCGAGGCUCCAGAGCCCCAGUGAGAGCGAGGACCUCGGAGGCGACUCUGACUUCCUCGUGGAGACGUCGGACUACUCCCAGAAUUCCUCGUCCUCGUCACUCGUAAGAAACUCAAACUGUCGGACGUACAGGAGGCCUAACAAACAGGGCUCUGGCAAAGCCUUGGACUCCAGCGGCUCUCCCAUCGCCGCUUUCGGCACAGAUCUUCCCAAAUCCACAACUGACGGCGGUAGUAAGACGACAGGGGGUGGAGGAGGGCGGGGACGGGGCAGGACGAGGGACUUCACGGUGCUGCACCCCUCCUCCGUGUCGAUGUGCAACGUCACCAUCCAGCCCCGAGCAGUGGAGGAGUUUAGUGCCGACGCAGCGCCCUCUAGUGGUAGCAGUAGUGCUGUGUCUGCCAGCACGGUGGAGAUGGGAGAGGCGGGUUGGCAGCGGAAGAAGACGGAACAACAAAACACAAGGCUCAAACCAAGCCACACAAAGUCAAAGAAGGCCAGUAAGAUGGACCUGUUUGGUUUCGAAGACGCAGACGCCCAUCAGGAGGAGAACAGCGGCGACAACACAGACGGCCGGUCCAGUUACAAGAUCCAGUACUUUGGCUUUGACGACAUGAGCGACAGCGACGGCGCAGACGACGACGACGACGGCGACGACGGUGGCGCCAAAGAGAGGAGGAGGGCCAAGAAAGCCGCGGCCGCCCAGAGAGCCCCAGUAGUGGCUGUGGAAGAAACGCCGACCGAUGAACCGCCGGAUCCAUUCGAGACUCUGGAGAGGCUGGAGAGACUGGAGAGGCUGGAGAGACUGGAGAGGCUGGACAGACCGCCAGCCAAGGAGAACAAGAAGAAUGCGGAGAAGCAGGAAAGCAGGAUAGGAGCAGACGUCCUGGACUUCUCCGAGGAUGGCCUCCGAGUGGUCGCCAGGGCUCCCAGGAGACCGCCUCAGGGCAAACCGGCAGAGAAUAACCCAGACAACUUCAGGAGGAUCUUCAGCGCACAGAAGAAGUCUCCCACCAAAGCCGUGUACAACGCCAGACACUGGACGUUGGAGCGUGAAGAGGAGCCCCCUUCGACUUUCAUCUCACGAUCACAGACAGCUCCUGCACCAGUCUCGACAAGAGGAUCCAGUAAGGAGCCCACUGAUGCUCAUAAGGACGAUGGCGUUUUCAAGGCUCCUCCCCCUCCUCCCAAAGUCACCAAGUGUGUCACCCUCCCCACAGAUCUGUACCAGGACGCCGUCACUGCACUCAAAUGCCGCAAAGAGCACAAAGAGCUGUAUACAGUCGUCCAGCAUGUGAAGCACUUCAACGACGUGGUGGAGUUUGGAGAGAACCAGGAGUUCACUGAUGACUUUGAGUAUCUGGCUACUGGUCUGAAGAGUGGACAACCUCUCAACACACGCUGCCUUAGUGUGAUUAGCCUAGCUACGCGCUGUGCCAUGCCCAGCUUCAGGAUGCACCUCCGGGCCAGAGGGAAGGUGGCUCAGGUCUUCAAAACGCUCAAUGAUGCCCCUCAACACCCGAACCUGGCUCUGUGUACGGCGUCUCUGAUGUACAUCCUCAGCCGAGACCGGUUGAACAUGGAUCUGGACCGGUCCUGUCUGGACCUGAUGAUCCGGCUGCUGGAGCUGGACCAGGAUCAGGGGAGCCUGGCCGUGACAGGGACAGAAACCGACUCCACGGCUCAGUUCAGCGCCAGAGAGAUUGCCAAGAUGAAGGAGAAGAUCAGGAAGCUCUGCGACACUGUGCAUAACAAGCACCUGGACCUACAGAACAUAACGACGGGUCAUCUAGCCAUGGAGACGUUACUGUCUCUGACCUCAAAGCGAGCGGGAGACUGGUUCAAAGAGGAACUACGGCUACUGGGAGGACUGGACCACAUCAUCGAUAAAGUGAAGGAGUGUGUUGAUAACUUAAACCAGGAGGCUGAGAAGGAGAAGAUGGUGUCGUCUCUGUGGGGAGCUGAGAGGUGUUUACGCGUGUUGGAGAGUGUGACGGUCCACAACCCAGAGAACCAGGGCUACUUGAUCGCCUACAAAGACUCAUCACUCAUCAUCUCCUCUGCAAAGGCGUUGCGGAGGUGCGAGGAGAUGAUCCAGCGUUACAGCAGGGAGCUGAACUCAGACGGAGCCGUGGGGAAAGCCGUGGAGGACUGUAUGAGGGCCAUUAUAGGAGUCCUGCUUAACCUGACGCACGACAACGAGUGGGGCAGCACGAAGACAGGAGAGCAGGAGGAUUUAAUAAUGACUGCUCUGAACUGUGUUCUCAAAGUACCUCAGUAUCUUCCACAAGAACAGAGGUUCGACAUCCGAGUACUGGGUCUGGGCCUGCUGAUCAACCUGGUGGAGUACAGUGCCAGGAACAAGUACUGUCUGAUGGAGAUGGAGAUGGAGGGAGGUCAGGGUCCCUGCGACUCCACCGUCCUGCUGAACCCUCCGCUCCAGGACAUCACCUGCACCGGCCCACUCAGCGCCAUCGCUGCACUUGUACAGCUGUUCCUCCAGCGGGAGCGGGCCGCCAUCCAGGCUGAGGCGCAGACUGAUGACCUCAUCAAGGAGGCGCCGAAGCCUGCGCUGGACAAGAGCGGCGAGUGGCAGGAGACGGGCGGGGAGAUCCAGUGGGUUGCCAACGACAACAACGUAGAGAAACCGGAAGAUGAAAAGAAGAAGAAGGAGAAGGAGGAGGAGGACGAGGAGCUGGACCUCAACAAAGCUCUGCAGCAUGCAGGGAAGCACAUGGAGGACAGCAUCGUGGCCUCCUACACAGCACUGCUGCUGGGCUGCCUGUGUCAGGGGAGCACGUUGAAUGUGACUACUGUGAGAGACAACCUGCCGAAAGGAGAUUUCUCCAUCAUGACAGAAAUGCUGAAAAAGUUCCUCAACUUCAUGAACCUCACGUGUGACGUCGGCACCACAGGACAGAAGUCCAUCUCCCGGAUCAUUGACUAUCUGGAGCACUGCUAGAGAGAAGCCUUUCACACACGCGUACACACACACACACACACACACACACACACACACACACACACACACACACACACACACACACACACACACCUCAUUCAUCUUCGUCACCACCAUCCUCAUCUCAGAUUAAGUUCACUCCUGGAACACACACACACACCCACCCAACAAACACCACUUCUUCUUCUUCUUCAUCAUCAUCUUCCUCUGCGUGUUGUGACCAGACGUCGUCCAGUUAAAGGCAGUUUUCGUUGUCAUGGUUUCAGCAGUGGAAACUCCAGCAUAACUGAAUGAAAAGGGAGUUGUUUUUUCUUCUAAAUUGACUUGAGAUGAACUCAAAUGUAUUAUGACUUCAUGUGGUAUCCCCCCCCCCCAGCUGUGAUCAGAUUUUUAUUUUAUUUAAGAUACAAUCCAAGUCAGUAUUUUAAUUGUUUUUCCCACCCGUCCUCUAUUUAUGAAAGUUGCUCAGAAUGCUGAUUUUUUUUUCCAGCAAUUUUUGUUUUUUAAAUCUUUUUUCUUUAAUUGUUUUUGUGUUUGAUACAUUUCCUGUUAAAGUUUCCUCCAGUUCAGCUUCCCCUCCCCCCUCUUCGUAUCGAUUGGUGACAGUUUGGAGUGAAGGUGACAUCCAAGAGCCUUUUCCCCUGGAGUGGCGUCCUUCUCUGGGCCCGGGUGAUGAGGAGACUGCCUUUGCCUGGCCUCAAAACAGAGCCCACAUUUCUUUCAGGUUGUUCUGGACUGGAGUGCCUGUGAGAAGAACUCUGUUUUUUGAAAGUACGGCGGCGGCACGUUUGGCUCUUUUGGUGGCUGUGGAUUUCAUCUUGUGUGCCUCAUCCAACUCUUUGCCAUGGAAUGAUGACAUUUGCUGCCAGUUGUUCAUAAGCAUAGUGUAUGUGGUGAUGAUGACGCCAUUUCUUUUCUGAGCAAAUUCAUGGUCCUCUCUUUGCCCGCACCACGAAACUCCUUCACCCUCAUGCCACGAGUCCAUUUGGCAAACUCCUCGGUCCACUUUGUGGGGAGCGAAGUUGGCAUGACCAGCAGUGUGUGGUCAUUUCUUGCCUUGACCCUCCCCACUCUGUGGGAAAGAGGCGGUUUGAGGCAGAGUAUUGAUCUAUUCUGGCCAAAGAGUACAGAAGUGACACACCCGAGAGCCUUUUCCCCUGGAGUGGGGUCCUUCUCUCCAGCUCGGGUGAUAGGAUUCUCGUACUCCGUUUUAAAUGUUUUAGCCGUGCCGAGGAGAGUGCCUUGGCAAGCUAAGUCAAACAGAGCCCACAUUUCUUUUAGGUUGUUCUGGACUGGCGUGCCUGUGAGAAGAACUCUGUUUUUUGAAGGUACGGCGGCGGCACGUUUGGCUCUUUUGGUGGCUGUGGAUUUCAUCUUGUGUGCCUCAUCCAACUCUUUGCCAUGGAAUGAUGACAAUUGCUGCCAGUUGUUCAUAAGCAUAGUGUAUGUGGUGAUGAUGAUGUCUUCUCUGAACGUUCUCCAAAUUCCUGGUCCUCUCCUCGCCCGCACCAUGAAACUCCUUCACCCUCAUGCCACGAGUCCUUUUGUGAAGCUGAAGUUGGACUGCCUCUAAAUGUUUGCAGUAGGUCUGUUUUUAGGGGGGUUUUCAUCCGUAUAGAACCAGAGAAUGUGUCUCUUUGGAAGUAAGAGGCGUUCUUCCCCUCUCUAACCUCUUCAGCAAACUAGCUGAUUUAAAAUCGAUUGUUCUUGUGCCGUUAUCGAAAACCGAUGCUUCUCCCAGCAUGCCGAGCGCACAGCCAACAACACACCUGAGACCAAAACGGAAUGACCCUCCAGGUUGUUAAAACUCUCUGGAAACUUUGAACGAAAAAGUAGAAACUCUUCAAAGUAUCGAUCGUCCUCUCACUCGACAUCAAAGCUUUUGUGUCUCGGCGGACCAGAACCUGUCCUCCUUUAGCUCCCCCCCCCACCUCCCCCAGACGCCCACAAAAGAGCCUUCAAUUAGAGCACAAAGGCAGCCGAGGUGCCCCGGUCUGAGAGGUGGAGGCGAGUUGCUUUACUUUGGUUUGAACCCAACCACCAGCGGAGAGGCGUUCAAAGAUAAAGUUGAUACUCUUAUUUUUAUUAUUAUUUUUUUUCUUCUUCCUGUUUGGUUGUUUGUAUCCAGAAAGACUAGUUUAAUCCCAAAGUUUACAGUUUGUGGUUUUUUUUUAAUGGAAAAAUCCUCCUCCUGAUCCCUUUGACUCACACAUUACAGGAAGGAGUUAUUCCGUAAAGUGCUGCAUUUUUU